AUGCCUGCAGAGAAGCGGACGCUUCGCUCUAAUCGAUCAGACGCCUCGGCAGACGGCGAGAAACCCCGUUCUAAUUCGCAAAGCUCCAGUUCCAACAAAGAUAAAGCUGCUCCGACUCGCCCUGCGGCGUCACGAGGCAAGGCAGCGCCAGCCAGGAAACCGGCCUCAGGCUCAAAAAAGCCCACAACCGAGGACGCCUCACACUCCAAGGGCUCAGAUGCUGUCGAGAACGGCGUGAAUGGCUCAGAGGACGUGCAGAUGAGUGAAGAGCAUGUGAACGGGUCUGUAUCACCCAAGCAGCGCGACGACAACGAUGGUGACGAAGAGAUGACUGUUGUUGUACCUCCAUCGAAAACUUCGAGACUAUCGGGAGAGCCUGAUAAGAACCGUAGCGAGACCAAGAUGGAUAUAGACCAAGAUGAGGAUGCCCAGCAGGAUGAGGUGGUUGACCCGGUUGAGAAGGCUCAGUCAGAUAUCAGAAUAAAUUUCACAUUACUCGAGAGAGCUGUCGUGCAUUUUGAUCUACGCUUCACUCUCCGGGUUCUACGGACUAUCUCUUCGAUGCGUAAACAUCUGUCUGCAGACCUCAUCGCCAGCGUAAUCACGACUACAUACCAGCGUUCGGAUCCCACCGCUUCCUUCCUCUUGGCUGCCCUUGAUAGACAGUCUGCGUUUGAUAAUGUCAUCGAAGAUGUCGCGAUGGAAGAUGCUUCUGAUCAAAAAUCUGCUCAAGCCAAGGCCACUUCGCCCAAAGAGACCCUGCCCGAGAUCGACGUCUACCUUUCCAUUCUCGUUCAGAUUUAUCUGUAUGACGAGAAGUGUACUGAAAAGGGCGCCGAAUUUUCACAGAAGCUGGUCGAGAAGCUGAGGACGCAUAACCGGAGAACUCUGGACUGUCUGGCUGCUCGAGCGUACUUUUACUAUUCUCUCUUUUUCGAACAGCUAAAACCGCUUCCCCCAUCACCCACUGCAGCCGUCAUAUCUAUCCGGCCAGCGCUUCUUGCUGCUCUGAGGACGGCCGUGCUGCGCAAAGACACGGAUAUCCAGGCAACCGUCACUACUCUCUUGCUUCGCAACUACCUGUCCACCUCCCACAUCUCCCAAGCUGAUCUUUUCAUCUCCCACUCCGAGUUCCCUGUUGCUGCAUCCAACAACCAGAUCGCUCGGUAUCUCUACUAUCUAGGCAGGAUCCGAGCUAUCCAGCUGCGAUACACUGAUGCUCACCAGCAUCUGGUGGGCGCCACCCGGAAGUCCCCGUCGUCCUUGAGCGCAGGCGGCUUCUACCAGGCGUCGAUGAAGCUGCUUGUCGUCGUGGAGCUCUUGAUGGGAGACAUACCGGACCGUGCCAUCUUCCGUCAGGCGGCUCUGGAGCGUUCAAUGUAUCCAUACUUCCUGCUGGUACGAGCCGUCAGCGUUGGCGAUCUAGACGGAUUCCAGAAGAUCGUCCAGACCUACGGCCCGGUAUUCCGGAAGGACAGCACCUACACACUCAUCCUCCGACUACGACAGAAUGUCAUAAAGACCGGUAUUCGCAUGAUGUCGUUGUCGUACACUCGUAUUUCCCUGCGUGAUAUCUGUCUCCGUCUGGGCCUGGAUAGCGAGGAGUCUGCUGAGUAUAUUGUUGCAAAGGCCAUAAGAGACGGAGUGAUCGAAGCUUCGUUGGACCAUGAGCAGGGCUACAUGAAGAGCAAGGACAUUGGCGAUGUGUACGCCACCCAGGAGCCGGGAGAGGUCUUCCACGAGCGUAUCCAAGCCUGCUUGGGUCUCCAUGACGAGAGUGUCAAGGCCAUGAGGUUCCCCAUGAACCAGCAUCGACUUGAGCUGAAGAAUGCCCAGGAAGCACGCGAGCGCGAGAGGGAGUUGGCCAAAGAGAUCGUAGAAGGCGACAUGGAUGACGACGAUGCCGGCGGUGACUUCGAUGGCAUCUAG